CUCAUGUUCACACAUGGACAAGGAUGUACGGGAGGAAUUUCCUCACUUGGCAUGGCUCAAAACCAUACUUAUUUGUCACUGAACCAGAGCUGAUCAAAGAAAUAUUAUCCAACAAAGAAGACACUUAUCCGAAAAUGGAUAUGGAAGGCUAUGCGAAGAAACUACUAGGGGAAGCACUUAUAACAAAUGAAGGUGAAAAAUGGGCAAAAGUAAGAAAACUGGCCAACCACACUUUCCAUGCAGAAAGCCUGAAACGUAUGGUACCAGAAAUGAGUGAAAGUGUACAGAAAAUGCUAGAAAGAUGGAAAGAACAUGAAGGAAAAGAGUUCGAUGUGUUCAAGGAUUUUGGGCUGUUAACAACUGAAGUAAUUUCCAGGACAGCAUUUGGAAGUAGCUACAUGGAAGGCAAACAUAUUUUUGAGAUGGUGGCAAAAUUGACUGCAAUUACUGUAAAGAAUGUUUACACUGUCAGAUUUCCUGGAAUCAGUUGGCUUAUAAGAACAGAUGAUGAAAUUGAAGCAGAGAAACUUGAAAGAGGGAUCAAGAACUCCAUUCUUGAGCUUGUAAGUAAAAGAGAAAAGGGCAAAGAUGGAAUGUCUGAAAAGUUUGGGAAUGAUUACUUAGGACAACUUAUGAAGCUUUUGCAUGAAUCCGACACGAACAAGAGUAUCACAAUAGAUCAAAUGAUCGACGAGGUCAGGACAUUGUAUGGUGCUGGUCAUCUUACAACGACAAGCUUACUUGGCUGGUCUGUUUUUCUCUUAGCACUUCAUCCCGAAUGGCAAGAAAAAGCCAGAAAGGAAGUUGUUGCAUUCUGUGGCCUUGAAAAACCAACUUCUGAUGCAAUUGCAAGACUAAGAACAAUGAAUAUGAUAAUUAAUGAAUGUAUGAGAUUGUAUCCUCCAGUUAUUACAGUGACAAGGAAAGUUGAACGCGAAGUUAGACUAGGGAGCAUGACUCUUCCAGCUAACAUGACAAUUUUCAUGCCAAUUCUGGCACUGCAUCAUGAUCCUCGAAUAUGGGGUGAAGACGUUCACGUCUUCAAACCAGAGAGGUUUGCAGAAGGGGUAGCUAAAGCAACUAACAACAAUGCAGCAGCAUUUUUUCCCUUCGGAUUGGGACCUCGUACUUGUGUUGGUCAAAAUUUCACAACCAACGAAGCAAAGAUUGCCUUGUCAAUGAUUUUUCAGCGUUAUAAGUUCACUCUGUCACCUAAUUAUGUGCAUUAUCCAUCUGAUAUUUUCCUUUUGACUCCCAAAGAUGGAGUUAAAGUUGUCCUUGAAUCCAUUUAG